GCCCAGGUAAAUCCAACUUUUCAGCUUUUGCUCAACCGUCCAGUAGCUAGCUAGUAGAAGCCCAACCCAGAGCGCCGUUCAAACUCUCUACUAGCUAGUAUACCUCUCCUUAUCACAUUGUACGGUAUUCUAUCCGACGACUGAACACCCGUUGGAGUAACAGGAGAGCACCAUGGCAAUGUCAACAGAGUGUGCUUUUUUCCGUGCCUGUGAACGCGGCGACUUGGAGGAGUGCAAGGAGCUGUAUCGUCGGCUGAAUUCUACUGUCUCCAUCUACGAGUAUCCUUCCACGCCCCUCCUCGAGGACAGCUUUUAUGGUCGCCACAAGUGUCCUCCACUCCACGCCGCCGCUUGGCAUGGUCACACGCACGUUGUCCGCUUCUUGUUGGACGAUUGUGGUGUCGGUGUCGAUGAGACUCCGUGGAUCCCCGAAGAAGAAGAAGGACAGCUCGUAGAGCAUGUGGGUGUUGCGGGGACGGCUCUCUUUCGAGCCUGCGAACGUGGUCAUGUCGAGACUUGCCGCGCGUUGCUGCAAGGAGGUGCUCUUCACCAGUCCGGUCUCUGUGCCUAUCGAGCCGCCGAAAUGGGACAGGCACAACUCCUCCGGGUCUUGUUGGAGUUCGGUGCCAACCCCGAAAGUACAUGUCCUUACCCGAUUAGACACCGUCCUCCACUGCAUUUGGCCAUUUUGGAGGGUCGUCCCGAAAUUCUCCAGCUACUCUUACAACACGGAUGUCGACUCUUUCGCCGUGGCCGCAUUUCCAGUUCCAUUUCCGUGGAAAAACUCCGUCCCCAAAAUGAAGCACGCAUCUUUCAAGUGCUGGUGCAGCACGCACCCCCUCAUGCACUUGCACUGUGUCUGGUGGAUGUGCUCCUUCGACAUCCCAUAUCUGUCUUUAUUGGGCUGGUGGAAGCGGGCGCCAACGUCCAUACUCGUACAAUGCCCAACUACGGUGGGGGCAUCACGCCCCUUGAGGCACUCUUGCGAAAACAGUCAGAAUACACAUGGCGCCGCGAAGAGUGUUUGGAAACAACCCAAUGGUUGAUUCAAACGAACGGGAUCAAUCCUGAUAGCAGCAAUUGGGAAGACUGUUUUGAAUGGAUUGUACAAAUUGGAGAUUCCGUAUUACUACAGUGGAUUCUCCAAUACUGGAAGACGAUCCACACCACUACGAAUGUGGAUGGCGAUCACCCCAUUCACGUUGCCUGUCAAAUUCCCCGAACAUCGUACAAAUCGGUGGAGUUCUUGGUCCGAGACAAUCCUUCCUCUCUGAGUGUGGUUGGUGGACAAAGUGGCCAACUUGCCCUCCACAUGGCCUGCUCGCAUGGGUUGAGUCUGGAUGCCCUUUACACGUUGCUACGACAACGACCGGAAACAUUGUGGUGGGCUCAUGACGCAUCAUCAGUGGGAACGAAACAGCACCACGAACACAAUGCGACAGCUAGCCGCCACCCGGUGGAGAUGGAGCUGCAGCACGCGGCCAAGAAACCAAGGCUUUUGGGCUGAUGUCCACAUUGUAAAGGGUCCACGGGUGCCGAAAGGCAUGAUUGAAGUUAGUUGUUGGCUUUUGGGGUAAAUAAACCGCACACUGACAAACCACACUGGCUGGUUGUCACUUCUGCUAGAUUAUGAAAAGUAGCAGCACGCGUAAGCAACCAGUCGUCGUCCAGUGGAGACGGAACCACAGCAUGGGGCAAAGAAAACAAGGUUUUAUUAAUUGGAAGUUAGUUGUAGCUUUUUGGUUUACUGUACCGACAAUCCCACACGGGCUACAAAGAUGACAAGAAAGAAGCAUUGUCGGUACGCGGAGGAUUGUAACCGUACGGUAGUUUGAUACUUGUUCGGUAAGGGCGAACAAGGAAACGCUCUUUGAUCCAUCCAUUAAGUUGCCACCAAUUCUCGCUUGUUGUGUACAGUUUGUUAGUUUAAUUAAUCCAUUAAAUACACGCACGGAUCAUUUCUCUUGCUUUAUUAAAACAUUUCCACUUUUUUGAUACUCUAAGCAACAUGUAGUAUUCUUCUCCUCCCAAGAGGUUCCUUUGUAGCUAGCCAAAGAAUCUGUAGGGUAGGGUAGCUAUUUUAUUUAUUCCGUCGGAGGAAGUAAACGAUCUUUGCCCGCUCGUUGUGCGGCUGCCUGGAAAUCUUCCGCGGCUUCUUGUGUGAGUGGAUCUUGAAACAGGGCUCGUGCCACAUCGGGAGUGAUCGUAAAAGUAUCCAUUUCCCCCACUGCCAUUAAUUCGGCCAUGCUAUCUUCGGACCGGAUACUGGACACUAAAAUCCGCGUCGUUGCUUGCAUGCCAUUGACAAUGUGUCCCAUGCGCAAACACUCUUCCAAACCGCUCUUGCCGGAAUCCGUCAUGCGUCCCAAAAAGGGAGCCACAUAUUCGGCACCCAAUCCGGCCGCAAUAAUGGCUUGAUUGGCAUUGAAACAGGCCGUCAUACACACCCUGACACCGGAUUGUAUCAGACAAGCAGCGGCUUUGGUUCCUUCUCGUGUCACGGGAACACUGACGACAAUUCGAGCGCGAUCGGGUUUGGACAAUUCCAUGCCAAUCUUGUACAUUUCGGGAGCGGCAUUGCCCCAUGCUUGGACCAUGACUUCGUGACAGCCGGGUGUUGACAAGGCAGUUUGUGCCAAGUGAUGUAUGUUGCUAGUAGAGCAUUCUUGACCGGCGGCUUCGAGUAAGGAUGGAUUGGUAGUGACGCCAUGAAAAAUACCCAAAGGAAGUAGUUCUUGCCAAAUGGAUUCUUCGGCCGUGUCUAGAAACAGACGAUUGUGGCCUCGAUGGCUCGUCGUGGGAGAUUGUAGUAGGGACUCCACUACUGUUGAUAGGACCACAAGGAUCCACAGUUGAAGAAUCAUGGCGGGAGAUAAGGAUCGUCGAAGCGUCAUUUUUAAUUGUUGGUUAGUUGUUGUAGUGAGGUGAGGAGUAUGGAUGUGUGUUUGGUUGAUCAGAGAUUCCUUGGUUCCUUCUUCGUCAUUGUCGCACACAAUUUUUAUUAUUUUUGUCG